GUCGUGUCUUUUUGUAUUUCAGUGCUCUGUUUAUUACUGCGAUGUGUGAGGUGAUAUGCUCACAUUUUAUGUUCAAUAGGGUAAUUAGAGAACUAGUAAGCUAAUAUUAGCUGCUAGGUUAGAUAGCACCACGUAGCUAACGGACGAUGGCGCCCCGCUUACAGCUGGAGAAAGCGGCUUGGCGUUGGGUGGAAACGGUGAAACCAGAAGAAAUAAGACCGGAGCAUAUCGAGCUAGCAUAUCGCGUCAAUCUUCCGGCCUGCAAGAGAGGAACCUGCAGGAGGAAUUGCAAAGGAAAUCCCAACUGUCUUGUGGGUAUUGGUGAACAGGCUUGGCUUGGGGAUAUCGAUGAAAAUGCUUUCCACAAUAUUGACGACCCAAACUCAGAGCGUCGUGACAAGAACACAUUUGUUGGCUUGACCAACCUGGGUGCAACAUGUUACGUCAACACAUUCCUACAAGUGUGGUUCCACAACCUGGAGCUGCGUAGGAGCCUCUAUCAGUGCCACAAUUCCCGAGCGGAGGAACACGAUGCUGAGUCUGAGUACGAGCCUCAGUCCAUCUGUGAGCACCUGCAGUAUCUUUUUGCCCUCCUACAGAACAGCAACAGAAAAUACAUCGACCCAACAGGACUGGUCAAAGCGCUGGGCCUGGACACCGGGCAGCAGCAGGAUGCCCAAGAGUUUUCAAAGCUCUUCUUGUCUCUGCUGGAGGACACGCUGUCCAAGCAGAAGAACCCUCACCUGCAGAAUGUCAUCCAGCGACAGUUCUGUGGACAGUUCUCCUACGUCACUGUCUGUAACGAGUGUGGACGAUCAUCUGCACUGCCGUCCCGAUUCUACGAGCUGGAGCUGAACAUCCAGGGCAACAAGAACCUCACCGAGUGUGUCACAGAGUUCCUGAAGGAGGAGAAGUUGGAUGGGGAGAACCGCUACUUCUGUGAGAGCUGUCAGACUAAGCAGUGUGCGACGCGCAGGAUCAGACUGCACAGCAUUCCUCCCACCCUCAACCUGCAGCUCAUGCGCUUUGUCUUCGACAGGCAAACGGGCCACAAGAAGAAGCUCAACACCUUCAUCAGUUUUCCAGAGCAGCUGGACAUGGGGCCUUUUUUAGAAGGAAAAGCAGACCACAAGUGUGUUUAUGAACUGAGUGCGGUUCUGAUCCAUCGUGGCAUCAGUGCCUAUUCGGGCCACUACAUCGCCCACGUGAAGGACGCUCGGACAGGCGACUGGUACAAGUUCAACGACGAGGAGAUUGAGAAGAUGGAAGGCAAGAAGCUGCAGCUCGGCACUGAGGAGGACAUUGCUGAGACAGUGAAGUCCCAGACACGAAAGCCAAAGUGCAGUAAAGGCUACCACUGCUCCCGAAACGCCUACAUGCUGGUGUACAAGGUCCAGGAAGAGGAGAACACAGAUCCCUCCUGGACCAACGUCGAGGUGCCAGCCUUCCUUCAGAGGUUGGUGGACCAAGACAACCACAAGUUUGAGGAGUGGUGCAACGAGAUGGCCGACAUGAGGAAACAGAGCGUUGAUAAGGGCAAAGCCAAGCAUGAGGAGGUGAAAGAGCUCUACGAGCUUUUACCCGCAAAAGACGGCGAGCCGUAUGAGUUCAUCCCUCUGGAGUGGUUGAAGAAGUGGCUCGAGGACUCCACUGCCACAAAGGAGAUCGACAACUCCCUCUUUCUCUGUUGUCAUGGCAAACUGCACCCAGACAGGGUGGCAGACUCCAAGAGGGUUUCCCUCCAAGCCGCUCAGCUCCUGUACGAGCGCUACGGGGGAGGGCCGAGGAUGGACGGCUCGUCUCUGUGUAGAGAGUGUGUUGGCCAGCGGUGCAGAGUGCUGCGGCUGAAGAACCAGCUCAACGAAGACUACAAGGAAGUGACCAACCUGGUGAAACGCACGCUCAGUGGUGAGGGUUACUGGGUGGGCAAAGCAUCCCUGCGUAGCUGGAGGCAGUUGGCUUUAGAACAACUGGAGGAGGACGAGCACGAAACCAAACACAGCAAUGGGCAGACCAACGGACAGGGACCACACAAAGAGUUUGGCUCUGAGCUGUCGGGAGGGGCAACGGGGGACGAGAUGAAGACGUUCAAUGAAGAUAUUGUCUGCUGUCACGGAGCUCUGAGUAUUUUGGAGACUGAAAGAAAGCUGGUAUCUUCCGAAGUUUGGACCAAGCUGAGGGAAUAUUUCCCCAAAGCCCCAGAAUUCACCCAAAUCCAGGAGUCGUGUCAGCAGUGCCUGACAUUAGAGCAGGAAGAGAAGGACAAUGAGGCGGUGAGUAAGAUGAUGGCCUUGGACCAGAAGAACCAGCUGCUCAACCUCUUCAAUGAGAAGAACCGGCCGACACUCAACAAGUGGCCUGAGGAUACAGACGUACUUUACAUCGUCCCCCUGUUUUUUGUGGAUGAGUGGAGAAAAUUCAUCAGGAGGCCCACUAAAUCCUCUCCGGUGUCUAACGUGGGAAACACUCUGCUGCUGUGUCCCCACGGAGGGUUCAUGUUCACCUACGACUCGCUCAUCAACGGAGAUGGACAACAUGUAGCUCUGCUGUGGCCCAGCGAAUGGGAAGUGAUCAGCAGGCUCUUCAUCGUGGACCAGGCGAUCUCCAUCCACUGCUUCAGAGAGACCUCACUGAGUGACGCCACCACGCAGUACACCACUCAGCCCGACAUCUGUUGGGAGUGCAGAGAGAGCUUCCUCUUCCAGCAGCAGAGGGACCUCCGAGAGUACACCCAAGCCACCAUCUACAUUCGCAAAGUCAUCGAAGACCAGAGGAUGAUGAAGGAGGCGGCUCCAGAGCUCAACGCCAGCAGCUCGGAGGCGGAGGAGGACAAGGAAGAAGUUCCAAAGGUGGAUGGAGAGACAGACUUGGACUUCAGUCAGUCCCAAGAUGGUGCGAAGCGACUCAAGCUGAGCGACGACGGCACAGCAGCCUCGGCUCCUGCAACCAACAUGACCAAGCUGGGGGGCAUCAGGAGGAGCACCCGGCACAGGAAACUCCGAGGGGAGAAAGCCCUCAUCGUGUCAGCUAAUCAGACCCUGAAAGAGCUGAAAAUACAGAUUAUGCACGCCUUCUCCGUGGCCCCGUUUGACCAGAACCUCUCCAUCGAUGGAAAGAGUCUGACGGACGACUCGGCCACACUGGGUAGUCUGGGCGUCAUCCCCGAAAGCAUAAUCUGUCUAAAGGCCGAUGAGCCGAUAGCAGACUACGCUGCAAUGGACGAUGUCUAUCAGGUGAGAAUGCCGGAAGAGGGAUUUAAAGGCACUGGGCUUCUCGGGCACUGAGGAAAGCUUGGAUUGGACAGAUGAAAUUUUAAAAAAAUGAUGGCUUGAAUUUGUCAAGUGUGCAUAUAUCAAUAGGUUCUUUAAUUUGUUUGUUUUUUUACGUUUUGAGUAGGCUUUCUUUAAUAAAACUGUGACUAUGUUGCAAAGCCGCAUUCUUUCUCUACAUACGGUUAGCUGGUCUUUGAUAUUUAAAACUCGUAAUCAUUCUGAAGGACUGUGGUCGUGGAUCUGAUGCAUUUUGAAUCUUGGCUUCAGUCUACUGUUACUCCGGGAAACAGGCUUUGUUUUUUGAUUUUUUUUUUUUAAAUUAUGGCAGAUGACAAAUUGGCGAUGUUUUUUCUUUCCAUUAUGUGGAAGCUGUGUUCUCAUUGCAAAGGUUUGGGUUUUGUCACAAGAAUGCACGAGUAACUGUUAACUAUUAAAAAUUGUAACUGCUCUUAAAAGUUAGAACAUUUAUUACCUCUACAGCAAAUCUAUAUCCAUAUACUCCGUAUGUUAGAGAUACAUAGCCACACAGUAUGUAUCGAGGCUGAUACCUGGAAGUGAGAAACAGAAGGCAAGCAGUGAUACGUCUUGUUCUUUUCACUGUUAUUUCUUAUGGACAAUAAAGUUAUUUUCAAAGCAC